GGAAACAAAAUAAAUGAGAAAUGACGACGAAGAACAGAAGGCAACAACAACUGUUAGAGCCGGGGAAUCAAAUCGAAAAGACCCAAUUGGUGAUCGUCACUCUUCCCAAUAUUCCAUUUUUGCACCAAUCUCCUCUCUUUAUCUAACCCACUUUCUUCUCCAUUCAAUUUCUCUCUUAAAUCUUCAUUUCUCUUCUCCGAUCAUCAUCUCAACAUGGUAGCUGCUAGCAACGCUGGUUCUGAUAUUUCCUUCGCCGGAACUUUCGCUAGUAGCGCUUUCGCCGCUUGUUUCGCCGAGAUAUGCACAAUUCCUCUGGACACUGCAAAAGUUAGACUCCAACUCCAGAAGAAAGCUGUUGCUGGGGAUGGAUUGGGCUUACCUAAAUACAAGGGUAUGUUGGGUACAGUGGGUACCAUUGCUAGGGAAGAAGGUCUAUCAUCCCUCUGGAAAGGCAUAAUACCGGGGCUGCACCGGCAAUGCCUAUUUGGUGGCUUGAGAAUUGGGUUAUAUGAGCCUGUUAGGAACUUCUAUGUGGGGAAAGAUCAUGUAGGAGAUGUUCCUUUGUCUAAGAAAAUUCUUGCUGCACUUACUACUGGCGCUGUAGGAAUUUCUAUUGCAAAUCCAACUGAUCUCGUAAAGGUUAGACUUCAAGCUGAAGGAAAAUUAGCCCCUGGUGUGCCAAGGCGAUAUUCUGGAGCCUUAAAUGCUUAUUCUACGAUUGCAAGGCAGGAAGGAGUUGGUGCACUUUGGACUGGGAUAGGACCUAAUAUCGCACGAAAUGCUAUUAUAAAUGCUGCUGAACUUGCCAGUUAUGAUCAAAUAAAAGAGACCAUUCUGAAAAUUCCUGGAUUCACUGAUAAUGUUGUCACUCAUCUUUUUGCUGGGCUCGGCGCAGGUUUUUUUGCUGUCUGUAUCGGUUCCCCAGUAGACGUGGUUAAGUCGCGAAUGAUGGGAGAUGCUGCUUACAAGAAUACACUUGAUUGCUUCAUUAAGACCCUGAAGAAUGAUGGACCUCUUGCUUUCUACAAGGGUUUUAUCCCAAAUUUUGGGCGACUAGGAUCCUGGAAUGUGAUCAUGUUUCUAACCUUAGAACAGGCAAAGAAAUUUGUCAGAGACUUAGAAUCAUCGUGAGCUUAUGAAUAGCAGUCGAGCCAGCAUGCCUGGACAUGGAGACAAAUGGAAGUAGUUAACAGUUUAAUAAGUUUCCUCAUUGGACGAUUUAUUUAUCUUUUACAAAUUUUGAUAGAAGUCCCCUACAGGGGGAAUUUUACAUGCUUGAAAAGCUUCAAAAUAAUCACCAUUUUGGAAUUUUAGUGAUAAUUUAUUCUGAGGAUUUGAUUACUGUUAAUCGCUGAUGUAGUGGAAGCCACAAAUAAACAAAGAUAUUACUUUAGCAGACGAAUUAGAAUUGACUUAAUUCUUCUAUUUUUA